AUGUACCUACUGGUCUAUGUCGAUGAUAUUAUCUUGGUCAGUUCUUCACCGACAACUGCUACUGCUCUCAUUUCUGCUCUUGGUGCUGAUUUUGCUGUCAAAGAUUUGGGUCAGUUGCACUUCUUCUUGGGUAUUGAGGUUGCUCAUCAGUCUACUGGUCUGGCUCUCACUCAGAAGAAGUAUUCUCUGGAUCUAUUGCGCCGUGCUGGUAUGCUCAAGUGCAAGAUGUCGCCCACACCCAUGUCUUCUACUGACAAGCUCUCAGCAACUGAUGGUGUUCUCUUAUCUUCUGAGGAUGCAACGGAGUAUCGCAUUAUUGUUGGUGGCUUGCAGUACCUGACCAUCACACGUCCGGACUUGUCCUAUGCUGUCAACAGAGUGUGCCAGUAUUUGCAUGCUCCUACUGAUGUACAUUGGUCAGCUGUCAAACGCAUCUUGCGUUAUGUCAGUCACACGUCUUCGUUUGGUCUUCAUCUCCGGGCCAGUUCAUCAGGUGUUCUGUCUGCGUUCUCUGAUGCUGAUUGGGCUGGAUGUCCAGACGACAGGCGAUCCACGGGGGGUUAUGCUGUGUUCCUAGGUCCUAAUUUGAUCGCCUGGAGAGCACGCAAGCAAGCCACUAUUUCUCGCAGCAGUACCGAAGCCGAAUAUAAGGCUGUUGCCGAUGCAACUGCUGAGCUCAUAUGGGUUGAGUCCCUUCUUCAGGAAUUGGGUGUCUCUCAACCUCGUCCACCGGUCCUUUGGUGUGACAACAUCGGUGCCAUGUUUCUUUCAUCUAAUCCGGUGUUUCAUGCACGGACCAAGCACAUAGAUAUUGAUUUUCAUUUUGUGAGGGAACGUGUCUCGAAGAAGCUACUACAAAUCAAGUUCAUCUCUUCAAAGGAUCAACUUGCGGACAUCUUCACCAAGCCUCUACCUUUGCCCAUGUUUGAGAUGGUGGUCGCUGCAGCUCCUGAGGUGGACGAAAUCGACGACACCUUCAGCUCCUACUCCGGCGGACUCUGGCGGUCGAUUGGCGCGCUAUGGGUGGAACUGGGCAGUGGGCUUGCUUGA